AUGGAGCCAUACGCGCCGUUCUCAUCGCCGCCGCUGCGGGGGGCGGUGGCGGCGGCGGGGCGGCGGUCGAGGCCGGCGAGCCGGAGCAGCAGCAUCGGCGGCUGGAGCGGUAGCGGGAGCGGCAGCGCCAGCGCCGAGUACAUCAGCCUCCGCGACGUGCUGGUGGAGGGCGGCGGCAGCGGCAGCGGCGGCGGCGGCGGCGGCGGUGGCGGCGGAGGAGGCGGAGGCGGAGGCGGCGGAGGUGGAGGUGGAGGAGGAGGGAGCUGGCGCGAGUACUCGAGCCACGAUAUCCACGAGUUCGACGCGUCCAACAUCGGGAUCAGGAACCACCUGCUGAAGCACGCCGCGUCGGCGUACCUGCAGUCCGCCGUCGUCGUGCCGCCGCGGGAGCAGGGGUGCCUCGCCCGCCUGUGGCGCCACGUCGUCCGGCUGCGCGCCGCCCGCGGCGGCGGCGGCGGCGGCGGCGACGGGGGAGCGCGGGGGCGCGGCCGCGGCCGCGUGCUCCUGCGGGCGUGCUCGUGGCAGGGCUGCGUCGACGACCCCGCCGAGCUCUGCGCCUCGUUCCUCGCGCGCUCGGCGCGGCGCAUCGCCGCCUUCCUCGCCGGCAUCUGGGCCUAGACUAGCCUCGCCGCGGCGCACCGCGGCGCGCCGCCGCUCGCCGUGCGCGCGCCCACGGAUUCUUCUCGUGAUCUCGUCUUUUGCUGCUACUAUUACUGCAGCAGAAUAGCACGUAACUACACUACAUUAUUAGGAGAGGCAGACACAAAAAAUUAUAUAUAUUAAAUUUCUUCCAAGAAAAAGGCUGAUUACCGAUUUACUAAACCUUGAUUUUUUUGGGGUUUUUUUCUUUGUUAGAGAAAGCUGGCAAGUAAUUAAGAUCAAUGGAUGUAAUUUUGCUAUUGAUCUAUAAUUCUGUAAUCUCUACGUAAAGCUGCUACUUUUGUAGUAAAGUAAGCAAUGAUUUUUUUUUUUUGCACAUCUCAA